CCGGGCCGAGCCGAACCGAGCGGGCGGGCCAUGGCCGACGACUUCGGCUUCUUCUCCUCGUCCGAGGGCGCCGGCACCGAGGAGGACCCGGCCGCCGCCUUCCUGGCCCAGCAGGAAAGCGAGAUCGCGGGCAUCGAGAACGACGAAGGCUUCGGGCCCGCCGACGGCGACUCGGCCUCCGCCCCCGCAGGGCAGGCGGCCCCGCCGGAGCCGGCUGGUUUCCAGAAUGGAGGAGCCACUGUCAAUGGAGAUGUUUUUCAGGAGUCCAACGGCCCCACAGAUGCCUACGCAGCCAUAGCCAAGGCUGAUCGGCUGACCCAGGAACCUGAGAGCAUCCGCAAAUGGAGGGAGGAGCAGAAGAAGCGCCUGGAGGAGCUGGAUGCAGCAUCGAAAGUGACCGAGCAGGAAUGGCGUGAGAAGGCCAAAAAGGACCUGGAGGAGUGGAAUCUGCGUCAGAAUGAGCAAAUGGAGAAGAACCGAGCAAACAACAGGAUCGCUGACAAAGCCUUUUACCAGCAGCCGGACGCCGAUGUGAUUGGCUAUGUGGCCUCGGAGGAAGCAUUCCUGAAGGAGUCCAAGGAGGAAACCCCAGGCUCAGAGUGGGAGAAGGUGGCCCAGCUCUGCGACUUCAACCCUAAGAGCAGCAAGCAAAGCAAGGAUGUCUCACGGAUGCGCUCGGUGCUCAUCUCCCUCAAACAGACACCCCUGUCCCGCUAGCUGCCAGCUGGCACAGCCAGGAGUGCAGCAGGGCAAGGCCCUUCCCCUUGCCUUGCUGCUCACCAAGGCAGAUGGCUUCACGGGGUCAGCCCACACAAGGGGCCUAUGCCCUGCCUGCCCUCUGGUCUCUGGUGUGCACCUUGGCUGUGCUCAAAUCAAUGGUUGUAACUCUCCCCAUGGUUUUCCUUUGCUUAAAAGGUUCAUUGGUCUCUUUUUACACUUAUUUAUUACUGUGGCAUUUCCCUGGGAAGCGACACUGGGUGGCAGAGCUGAGUUAGCAGAGGAGCCUCCAGCCAGAGUCACGCCCCACUGCCUGGCAGGGUGAGAAGGAGAACACCUCCUACGCGGUGUCCUCCAUCUCAUCCAGGGCUGCACUCAGAGCAAACUUGCCCACCUCCUGCCUGUGGCAUGACAGCCCUUUGUCUGGGAUUGGGUCCCUGGGGCAGAGAUACUGGGGGGACCUUGGUUCCUUUCUGCCCUCCUGUGGGGGUUUUAGAGCAGAACUGGCUGUAGGGUUGGGGUUGAGCAACAGCCUAAACUCAUCUCCACAACACAAGAUCCUACAGGGAGCAUGGCAGCAGCAUGAUGCCACAGGGCUGGUGGGGACGGAGGGGUGAGUGUGGGCACUUGACCUGGCCAUGCAUCCCAAAAAACUGGCAGUUGCAGUGUUGAUAUCCCGGCUGUCUGUGGGGCUGCUCUUGGCAGACAGCUCUGUGGUGCAGGGUGCUGAAAAGAGGCCACAGGACAAGCAUGCAGGAAGCUUCUUGACCCUCCUACAAGGCCACUGGCUGUUGGGAAGAUGGAGUGCUCAGCUUUGGGGGCCCUUGGCUCUGUUUUGUGCCUUCUCCUACUUCGAGGGAGGCAGCUGGAGGCUGUAUGGCUGUAGGGAAGCAGGUGGCAAGGUCCAGCUGCUGUGGGACAAGUCAAACCUCCAGCUCCCUCACCCAGAGGCCCAUAACAGGAUUAGGCAGAGGUUUGGGCCUACGGCUUUUGCUGUCCCUGGAGAACAAAUCACACAUCUGUCUGCAGCUGGACAGCUGCUCUGUGGCUUCAGUUUGGCCCACAUGCCACUGGAUUUGCACACCAAAGGCAGCAUGGCAAGUUGCAGGUCCUGCUCAUUGCCUCAUCAGGUGAACUUUCCAGCCCAAACACCUGCUUUCUCUCCUCGCUUGGCAGGACUGGCACCAGCCCCUCUGGCUCUGAGCCCCAGCCCUGGAAACCUGCAGAACUGGUUAGCUGUAGGAGUGUUGAUAAGGUCUGCUUACACCUUGCAGCAGAGCAGCUUCUGUGAGCUUGUGCUCUAGGACCGGCCUGUUGUGGAUUGGGGAAGGGCCUGCAGCAACAGUCUGAGAGGACAUGGAGCAGAGAGCAUAAACCAUUUGUCAAAGUUUUGCUGCAGAGCCCUGCUCCACCAGUAAAUUCAGUACAUACAGCUCUUUUGCAGUGACAGCUCCACAAAUCAAGGUUGUCUGCCCUCUUGCUGUGUAGGCACAGGCUCAUAGGCACAGCAGUAGCUCUGCAGCUGCCUGACAGGCCUGGAGAAUGCUGUCAUCUUUGGUAGUGGGCUGGAAAAGGGAAUGGGUGUGUAGGAAUAAUUGUGUUUUGUGCUGGAAUCGUGCCCCUUGUCUGAAUGGCUGAUCACUCCUCCUCUGUGUCCCUGCACUGCAGCACAUAUAGGCAUCUCUGCUGUGGUGCAGGAUGGACCCAGGGAUCUGGCUGCCUGUAUCUGCCUUUCUUUGCAGAGCAGAUAGAAGAGCCUCUGGCUGCGCUCUGGGCCUGCAGUCCUAGCAGGUAGCCAGGCUCUGCAGUCCCCUGGCUGCCAUGCACCCUAUGUUGGGCAGGGCAUCUUGGGGAGCAGUGCCCACUGCUGUUCUACAUCCCUUUGGCUUUGGUAUAUGUGACUGUUCAAAUCACCUGUUACAAUAAACCGACAUCUCCAAACUGA